ACAAUUUACCUGGUAUACACUCGGAGCAAGAUAUCAGGGCUCCAUUAGAAUCAACGUCAUCGGCGACACUAGGCGUGAUCCACCAUCCAGCAUCAAGGUUCAAUAGUCCGAAGCUUCGACAACCAAACUGGAGGCUAUAAGAGCAACCCUGAUUCAAGACCCUAAUACCAAAUUAUUAGCCUUGAACAUCUUGGCCGCCAUUUAAACCCACCAGAACCAGCACCGCAGCUGCGAACGGCCACAAUGGCUACCACACACAGCGAGGAGAACUCGAUCCGCGACUAUGGGGUCGCUGCGCCUCACGGGCCAAAUACCUCUGGUCACCAUGCUGCAACACAGGACGUCGACAUCCGUGCCGACAUGACAUCCACUGAGGCAGACAUUUUCCAUGCUCUGCUUCACCCAGACGAUCUCUAUGAUGCACAGGGUACCUACUGGGCCGAUAUGCCUCUUGGUCAACGUAUCAAGUUCGUGACCAACGUCGACAAGCAAGAAGCCAAAAGGGAGUUUGGCGAAUUCUGGCAGUCCUUUAAGACCGAUCCGCUCGAGCCCGUAAGGCAGUACUUCAGGAACUACGUGAUUCCCGGUGCCGGUCUGGGUCUCGAAGGUUACGUGCUCUUCUCAAUUGGUAACGUCAGGCCUCUUCUGCAGGCCUCAUUCCCGCAAUGCUGGACAACCUUCGAGAUCUGUAACGAGAUCUGGACGCAAGCCGUGGACUACCUGGAGAUCUGCGGUAUCAUUGUCGGUCAGAUUCUCGUCGGUAUCAUCGGUGACUGGCUGGGUCGUCGUCACGGUCUCAUCCAGGAUGCCGUCAUCAUGUUUCUUGGUCUUCUCAUGCUCACUGCUGCCUGGGGUGUUACCCAAAACGGCUGGGUUAUCUGCUACGUCUGGUCCCUCUUCUUCUACGGUAUCGGUGUUGGUGGCGAGUACCCCAUGACUGCAACCGCAGGUAUGGAGAACGCUAUCGGCUCUGGCAAGGUUUCGACCAAGGAGGAUCGUCUGCAUCGUGGUCGCAAGGUUACUGGUGCUUUCCUGAUGCAGGGUUGGGGCCAGUUCUUCAACCAAGUCAUCUUGAUUGUCUUGCUUCUGAUCUUCCACUCUGGAUCCGCACCUCCUUACUCAAAGAAGGUCACGCAGUGGACAUACCGCGUCUCUUUCGCCAUCCCCGCUGUUGGUACUCUUUGGCUCGUCUACUUCCGUUACUUCAAGAUGAAGUCUGCGUCGAAGCAGCUCCAGCUUGCCAAGAAGAAGGCACAUGUCACCGGCUACGAUGUUGCUUCUCUAAAGCUCACCUUCAGCUACUUCGGACCUCGUCUGAUUGCCACUGCCGGUACCUGGUUCGCUAACGAUGUCUUCUUCUACGGAAACAAGCUGUUCCAGCACGAGUUCAUCAAGGUCAUUACUCCCGGCAACAACUCAGUCAUGACCGGCUGGCUCUACAACCUGAUCAACGUCGGCGUUUCUCUCUGUGGAUACUACCUUGCUUCGGUCUUGAUUGAUAACAAGCUGUACGGACGCAAGUGGAUGAUGAUUAUCGGGUUCAUGGCUGACUUCAUCCUCUUCAUUGUGCCUGCUUUCCACUUUGAGUAUUUCACACAGCCCGAGCACGUCCACGCUUUCCAGGCCAUGUACUUCCUGUCCUCGUUCUUCAACCAAUUCGGACCCAACUCCGUCUCCUUCCUAGUUGCUGCCGAGGUCUUCCCUACACCUGUCCGUGCCACCGCCCACGGUUUCUCGGCUGCUGCUGGUAAGGCUGGUGCUCUGCUCGCUUCCAUCUUGUACAACUACAUCGACACCCAGACCAAGUUCUACUUCGUUCCCUGGUUCGGUCUCAUCGGUGCUGCCAUGACAUGGGUCUUUUUGCCCGACACAACCGGUCUCGACCUCAAGGAGCAGGAGCGCAGAUGGGCAUGCAUCCGUGCCGGUCGCGAGCACGACUACCACGGUAUUGCCAUCCACUGGAAGCAUCUCUCUUGGUGGGAGCGCAUGCGCGGCCAGCACAAGGGCUACGACGCUAAGCUUGAUUAUCAGCAGAAGAUCCAGGAGAUGCGCGAGGAAUGGGCUGAGCACCAGCAGCACAACUUCUCUGAGAAGAAGGGCUGGGAAGAGGCUGAGCACGAUGACCAGUUUGACGCCGAUGUUCACAACUACUUCAAGCGUACGACUGACGGCAACGGCCAGACAUCGUCGGGCCUGUUGCAGCCUCAGGGUCAGGAGAAGAGGGCGGACGGCAGCGAUUCUGGUGUUAGCGAUGAGAUUACAAGGGAGAAGUAGAGCACUUCUUCCAAGGGCACUUGCAUCAUUCGGCGUAUUAGGAAAAGAUACCACAUGAUUACAUUAAUGAAACAUGUCACACUUCAAGCCAUUUACCCAUGAUUUAACCACGUUGCUUGUUCGCAAAGAAAGGCCACCGAGCGACGGUCACUGGUGGUCGACACAGGGUUUCAGGAGGUCCGACUUCAUCAAUAUCCAACCUUUGGCGGCGCCAUAGCUCACCCUAUCGGCGACCAG